GCGAGACCCGCGUCCGACUGUGAAAGCCACCUGGAGCCACCUUGCUGGGAUUGUACCUGCUGGCAGAAAGUCUUCCUACGACCGUCUUUCCUCUAGAGGCACCAGAGUCCCUGUAACCAUUCUGCCAGGUGUUUGGGAAGAUAUGUAGUAGCUGAGCACCCUUACUUCUGUCACCAUCCUCAAAAUCAACUUUGGAGAUGCUUUCACCCUGUCCGUCUUCUGCAGCAGCCAGGCAGAAUGCUGACUCCUUCUCUGCAGUGAGGAACUCUUCAAGCUCCAGAAGCUCUUAAAUCUGAUCUACAAUGGAAAAAUUCCUUUUUUAUCUGUUUUUCAUUGGCAUAGCAGUGAAAGCUCAGAUCUGUCCAAAGCGUUGUGUCUGUCAGAUUUUGUCUCCUAAUCUUGCAACCCUUUGUGCCAAGAAAGGGCUUUUAUUUGUGCCACCAAACAUUGACAGAAGAACUGUGGAACUGCGUUUGGCAGACAAUUUUGUUACAAAUAUUAAAAGGAAAGAUUUUGCCAAUAUGACCAGCUUAGUGGACCUGACUCUGUCCAGGAAUACAAUAAGUUUUAUUACGCCUCAUGCUUUUGCUGACUUACGGAAUCUGAGGGCAUUGCAUUUGAAUAGCAACAGAUUGACUAAAAUUACAAAUGACAUGUUCAGUGGGCUUUCCAAUCUCCAUCACUUGAUAUUGAACAACAAUCAGCUGACUUUAAUUUCUUCUACAGCAUUUGAUGAUGUCUUUGCCCUCGAAGAGCUGGAUCUGUCGUAUAAUAAUUUAGAAACAAUUCCGUGGGAUGCUGUUGAGAAGAUGGUUAGCUUGCACACCCUCAGUUUGGACCACAAUAUGAUUGAUAACAUUCCUAAGGGGACUUUCUCCCACUUGCACAAGAUGACUCGGCUAGAUGUAACAUCAAAUAAAUUGCAGAAGCUACCACCUGACCCUCUCUUUCAGAGAGCUCAGGUCCUAGCAACCUCAGGAAUCAUAAGCCCAUCUACUUUUGCAUUAAGUUUUGGCGGAAACCCUUUGCAUUGCAAUUGUGAACUGCUGUGGUUGAGACGUCUAUCCAGAGAAGAUGACCUGGAAACCUGUGCUUCUCCAGCACUUUUAACUGGCCGCUAUUUUUGGUCCAUUCCUGAGGAAGAGUUUUUGUGUGAACCUCCUCUCAUUACUCGGCAUACCCACGAGAUGAGAGUCCUGGAGGGUCAAAGGGCAACCCUGAGGUGCAAAGCCAGGGGAGACCCUGAACCUGCAAUUCACUGGAUUUCUCCUGAAGGGAAGCUUAUUUCAAAUGCAACAAGAUCUCUGGUGUAUGAUAAUGGAACACUUGAUAUUCUUAUAACGACUGUGAAGGAUACAGGUGCUUUUACCUGCAUUGCUUCCAAUCCUGCUGGGGAGGCAACACAAACGGUGGAUCUUCAUAUCAUUAAGCUCCCUCACUUACUAAACAGUACGAACCAUAUCCACGAGCCUGAUCCUGGUUCUUCAGACAUCUCCACGUCUACUAAGUCAGGUUCUAAUGCAAGCAGUAGUAAUGGUGAUACUAAACUGAGUCAAGAUAAAAUUGUGGUGGCGGAAGCAACAUCAUCUACUGCACUACUUAAAUUUAAUUUUCAAAGAAAUAUUCCGGGAAUACGUAUGUUUCAAAUCCAGUACAAUGGCACUUAUGAUGACACCCUUGUUUACAGGUAA